GCAACCACCGACCAAUAGGAGGCCAGUGUGUACGCGCGGAUAAACGGGUUUGUUGUGUUGUCCUCUCCGUCGUGUUUCGCGCAGGUACCGUUGGAUUUGAACAUUAGAAACAUCUUCAGCCUGACGGAAGAUGAGUCUGUCUCUCAGAACUGAGCUUGCUGCAGACAAAGCCAAACGUCGGAAGAGGAGAGAGCUCACCGAAGACCAGAGACAUGAAAUCAAAGAAGCGUUCGAGUUGUUUGACACCGACAAAGAUAAAGAAAUUGAUUACCAUGAACUGAAGGUGGCCAUGCGUGCACUUGGCUUUGAGGUGAAGAAGGUGGACGUUCUGAAGAUUCUUAAAGACUAUGACAGAGAGGGAAACGGAAAAAUAACCUUUGAGGAUUUCAAUGAAGUAGUGACCGAUCGCAUCCUGGAGCGAGACCCAAAGGAGGAGAUCAUGAAGGCCUUCAAGUUAUUUGAUGAUGACGAAUCAGGAAAGAUCAGUCUAAGGAACCUGAGGCGUGUGGCUAGAGAACUCGGGGAGAACAUCAGUGAUGACGAGUUGCGCAGCAUGAUCGAUGAGUUUGACACAGACGGAGAUGGAGAGAUAAACCAGGAGGAGUUUCUGUCCAUCAUGAAUGGAGACUCCUGAUGAGGAGACUGUGUCCAAGGUGUAUAAUGGAGGCUGCGGAUGUUGCUUUGGAUUGGUUUUCAGUCUGAGUAAAACGAACUGACUGAACAUGUGUGAGUAUGAAAGUGGACAAGUGUCAAUACGGACUCGCGGGUGUGUCCCUGAGUACGACCUAUACGACGAUACUUGAAUUAUUCCAUUAAAAGACUGGAUUGUCUGACAAGUUCAACAUCGACUGCACAGCUCGAGGCAGAUGACGUGUAGGCUGUUGUUAAAAGCUGUUGUCAUCAUGCUUAUCUGUUUUUCACCUUUGUUUCAAGUGUUGUUGACCUUUACAUGUUUCUGCUUUUAAUCAAGUGUGGUGUAACUUCACCUUCAAAAUUUGUAUCAAAGACCAAACCAGCUUCGAUGAAUUGGAUUCUUUUGUUGCAGGUGAUGACAUUCAGAAACAGAUGUUCUGUGUAUUCUGUAACACACAUUUCAUACUGUAGCUGAACAUUUUUGACUGGUUGUAUGUGCAGUUUACAUAACAAAUAUAUUUGAAUGUGCUAUUUAUUUUGUAUAGAAUAAAGUGGUUUGCCAGCA